AUGGGCGACUCCGGCCAGCACAUUGAUUUCAAGCUCUACCGAUAUACACCUUCUGUCGCCGCCGCUGUGAUCUUCAUCAUCUUAUUUAUCAUAACGACGGUCUUCCAUCUUUGGCAGCUUAUCAAAAGCCGCUCCUGGUACUUCAUUGCAUUUGUCCUGGGAGGAAUCUUCCAGAUAAUUGGGUAUAUAGCACGGGCAUUGUCACAUGCGAACACCGAGAGUGUGCCCAUCUAUUCAAUCCAAACAAUCCUCAUCCUUCUGGCGCCGCCGCUCUAUGCAGCGUCUAUCUAUAUGGUUCUCGGAAGAUUGAUUCUGCAGCUUCGCGCCGAAAGUUACAGCAUGGUACCAUUGAAAUGGAUGACCGGUAUUUUCGUGACGGGUGAUGUGGUAGCAUUUGUGAUGCAGGCAGCAGGAGGAGGAAUCAUGGCGAGCGGUACAAUCGAUGCAAUGAAAACCGGCGAACAUAUCACGAUAGGUGGUCUCUGUGUACAACUGGUGUUCUUCACAUUUUUCUUGAUCACUUCGGUUAUUUUCCAUGUCCGCAUCCGCUCAAGGCCGACCCAGCAAACAAUUGAAUCGAGACAAGACCACAGUCUGUGCAUCGUUCGCAGCUGGAAGUCCGUUCUUUGGGGGCUGUACAUUGCCAGCAUUUUGAUUUUGAUCCGAUCUGUUUUCCGUCUCAUCGAGUACGCACAAGGGAAUGACGGCUAUUUGAUUAGCCAUGAAGCUUUCAUGUAUGUUUUCGAUGCCACAUUGAUGUUCUUUGCGAUGGUGGCGAUGAAUGUGCUUCACCCGUCUGUGAUAUUGUCCCCGACCCAUAAAGGUGGUCGUGGUUCCAUGGAAGCUUUGAGAUCUCUGUCGCGGACGCAGUGA